AUGUCCGAGACCGCGCCCUCUCCCGCCGCUGAGGCAGCGCCCGCUGCCCCGGCCCCCGCCGCCAAGGCCGCCGCCAAGAAGCCGAAGAAGGCGGCGAGCGGCUCCAAAGCCCGCAAGCCCGCGGGGCCCAGCGUCACCGAGCUCAUCACCAAGGCCGUGUCCGCCUCCAAGGAGCGCAAGGGGCUCUCCCUCGCCGCGCUCAAGAAGGCGCUGGCCGCCGGCGGCUACGAUGUGGAGAAGAACAACAGCCGCAUCAAGCUGGGGCUCAAGAGCCUCGUCAGCAAGGGCAUCUUGGUGCAGACCAAGGGCACCGGCGCCUCCGGCUCUUUCCGUCUCAACAAGAAGCCGGGAGAAGUCAAGGAAAAAGCUCCCAGAAAAAGAACUUCCGUGGCUAAGCCCAAGAAGCCGGCGGUUAAGAAGCCCGCUAGCUCCGCUAAGAAGCCCAAGAAGGUGGUGACAACGAAGAGCCCCAAGAAAGCGAAGAAGCCGGCGGCCAAGAAAGUAGCCAAGAGCCCGAAGAAAGCAACAAAGGCUGCCAAGCCGAAGAAGGUGGCAGUAGCGAAGAGCCCAGCUAAGGCAAAGGUAAUGAAGCCCAAAGCGGCCAAGCCAAAAGCCGCAAAGGCAAAAGUGGCCAAGGCAAAGAAGGCAGCGUCCAGUAAGAAGUAAGCUCCCUCACGGAGGAGGACCCUUGCUCCGCAUAAAAACCCAACGGCUCUUUUAAGAGCCACAAAAGUUGUCUCAGAAG